UUGGUUGCAAAACAAGUCCAACUUUCUCAUUAAUUAAAUCACCCACUUUUCUUUAAUUUCUUCUUCCUUCCCACAAUUUACUCUUCCAGAUGAACUCCUAUCUACUCUCAUCAAACCUCAUUGAAAAUCUUGCUUACCCAUUUCCUAAAGUUAUCAAGCACUUUAUACUAUAUCAUUAUCCUAAAAUUAAGUAAUAUAUUACACUAUGUAUUAUAAUCCAAAUUAUGCAUAUGUCAUCUUCAUAAUAAUACAGAAAUUCUCUGUUGCAAUUUUUUUUUUUUUUUUUUUUUUAAAAAAAAAAACCCAACUCAGAUCUUUCUUUUUAAUAGAAACAGAGGAAACAGAGUAUAGUCUAUAAAUAUAAUUGUGUAUUUCAUCUUAUUAAUGAAAAAGGAAGGUGACCCAUUUACUAGCUAUGCCAGAAGAUGAGGUAUUUUUUCUAUUAUUCCUCUAACUUCUAUUCACAAUCCAAAAUUCUAUUUUCUGGGUUUGUUUUCUUUCAUAUUUGCUUUAAUUCAGAACACCCUUUAAAAAAAUUUGGUUCAUGCAAAUUUUACAAAUUUUGAGUAUUUUUGUUUUGUUCAUAGUAUAAUUUAAGCACAUACAAAGUAUUUGAUUAGUCCAAAAUGAUUCUGAGAUUACCUGAUUUUUUUUCUCAGUUUUUGAAGUGACUAUAUUUCUGAUAAUUAUUUUAGUGCAAAAUUCUAGAAGUUUGUGCAAAUUGUUUGCUAAAAAUGGGAAACUGGGGUUUUCUUCUCUUCAAAUUCCCACUACUUUUGCUCAUUCAACUUGCAUUAUCUCAAUCUUGUAUUGGUAGUAUUCAAAGAAAUACCAAAAUAUUUCCAGGGUUUGAAGCAUCUCAAAUGGGUUUUAUUGAUAAUAAUGGGUUAUUUCUGUUAUCAAAUGACACAACUUUUGCAUUUGGGUUUAAACCAACUAAUGAUGUAACAUUGUUUUUGUUAGUCAUUUUUCACCAAGAAAGUUCCACAAUUGUGUGGACUGCUAAUAGAGUUUUCCCAGUUGGGAAUUCUGAUAGUUUUGUGUUUGAUAGUGAUGGUAGUGUGUCCCUCCAAAGUGGAGGAAAGGCGGUAUGGAAGCCGAAUACAGGGCGAAAACCGGUUUCUGUGAUUGAAUUGCAGGAUACUGGGAAUUUGGUGUUGUAUGGGAGUGAUAAUAGUACUAUAGUGUGGGAGAGUUUUAAGAAUCCUACUGAUACCCUUCUUUCAAAUCAGGAUUUCGUCGAAGGGAUGAAACUUUCAAGUAAUCCUAAUAAGGGUAACUUGUCAUAUGUGCUUGAGAUUAAGUCUGGUGAUAUGAUUCUUUCUGCUGGGUAUGAAACAUUCCAGACUUAUUGGUCUAUGAAACAGGAUACUAGGAAGAUCAUUAAUAAGGAUGGUGGGGGGAUUAAGACUGCGAGGAUUGAGUCGAAUUCAUGGAAGUUUUAUGAUGCAAGCAAGUCUUUGUUAUGGCAAUUGGUGAUAUCUUCUACUAAUUCCAAUGCUAGGAAUUCUACUUGGAUUGCAGUGUUGGGGAGUGAUGGGUUUUUGGACUUCCUAAGCAUUGGAAAUGGUCCUUCAAAGGCGGCUUCUCAGGUGAAAAUACCGAGUGAUCUAUGUCAAACACCCGAGCCUUGUGAUGCAUAUAAUGCUUGUUCUAGUAACAGGUGCCAGUGUCCUGCAGGACUAGUCUCACGGUCUUGUACAACCGGCAUCUCUGAUCCAUGUGGUAACUCGAGUGUUAGUGUUCAGCUUGUUAAUCCCGGGGAUGAGCUUAGCUACUUUGCUCUUGGGUUUACUCAGCCAUCCAUGAAAACUGAUUUGGAUGGCUGCAAGGCCUCUUGUAAUGGUAAUUGCUCGUGCCUAGGUUUGUUCUUUGAUAACAGCUCGAGCAGUUGCUAUAUGUUUGAUAGGAUUGGAAGUUUUACCUCUGAUCCUACAUCCAAAUACUCUGUCUUUGUGAAAGCUACUAUGGAUGAAAGUGUUGAAGAAGGGGAAGGUGGAGGCGGUAGUAAGCACUUGCCUGUUGUGAUCACCAUAGUUAUCCUGACAGCACUGAUAGUAGUCAGUAUGGUUUAUGUAGGAUACAGGUAUUACACGAAAAAGAAGGAAGUGCCGGGUAGUCCUCAGGAACUCUCCGAAGAGGACAAUUUUCUUGAGUCGUUAGCAGGGAUGCCGGUCAGAUUUAGCUACCAGUCUCUGCAGGAUGCCACCAACAACUUCUCUGUGAAGCUCGGGCAAGGAGGAUUUGGAUCAGUUUACAGAGGGAAGCUUCCUGAUGGAACUCCUCUUGCUGUGAAGAAACUUGAAGGGGUCGGUCAGGGGAAAAAGGAGUUUCGAGCUGAAGUUAGCAUCAUAGGCAGCAUUCACCACAAUCAUCUGGUCAGACUGAAGGGGUUUUGUACUGAGGGGAGCCACCGGCUUUUAGCCUAUGAGUUCAUGGCAAAUAAUUCUUUAGACAAAUGGAUUUUUAAGAGAAAUAAGGAUAAUGAUUGUUUGUUGGAUUGGCCAACAAGGUUCAAUAUCGCGGUGGGUACUGCCAAGGGACUAGCAUAUCUUCAUGAGGACUGUGAGGUGAAAAUUGUCCAUUGUGACAUAAAGCCAGAGAAUGUUCUUCUUGAUGAACAUUUUGAGGCAAAAGUGUCAGAUUUCGGGUUAGCCAAGCUGAUGACAAGGGAGCAAAGUCAUGUUUUUACCACACUUCGAGGCACAAGGGGAUAUCUUGCACCUGAAUGGAUAACAAACUACGCAAUAUCAGAGAAGAGUGAUGUGUACAGCUACGGAAUGGUAUUGCUUGAGAUCAUUGGAGGCAGGAAAAGCUAUGAUCCUUCACUUCCCUCUGAGAAAUCUCAUUUUCCGGCCUAUGCAUUCAAGAUGAUGGAGGAAGGGAAGCUAAUAGAAAUCCUUGAUUCAGGCCUACAAUACGGCCCUAAUGAAGAGAGUGUGAAGACCGCGAUUAAGGUUGCAUUAUGGUGCAUACAAGAAGACAUGUCAAUGAGACCCCCUAUGACUAAAGUUGUCCAAAUGCUCGAAGGCAUCUCUUUUGUUCCUAUGCCCCCAACGUCUUCCUUGACGGGUGCUAGGCUAUUUUCUAACUUCUUUAAGUUAUCUAGCAAUGAGGGUACCGCGACUGGGAGUUCAUCAGGGCCAUCAGAUUGCAACAGCGAAGCCUACCAGUCCGCUGUCCGGCUCUCAGGGCCAAGAUAGUUGAUGCCUAUACAUUAUACAGGAAUAUAUUUCAUUUGUAUCAUCUUGUACAUACAAGUUUAAUUUAGUUAGAGGUCAUUGAAAGUUUUGUUACACAAUGUUAUGAUAUCUUCUUGUAUGAAACACUAUGUUUGUGAGUUUGUGACAUAGAUUAGGUAUGAAGAAUAUAUAGUUUGUUACAUAAAACUUGUCA